AUGUCUACGCCUGAAGCGUCUCAGAACGGCAGUUCUGAGCCCAAUCGCCGCAUUGUCAUGGCUGUGGUAUCAUUGUCAUAUAUCUUGCGUGUGGGCUCGUCAGACAGCAGGGGUUCAAGUUCUGCCUUCAGCUACGACAUGAGCUACAUCGGCAUGAAGAAAAGUCUGAGGUACAUUGCAGAAGCUUGCGGCGGAACUUUGGCGUUCGAAGAACCGUACUCAGAGUACGACGACCUGUCCAAGAGUGACGGUAGACACAUACCGCUGGUUAGUGUUUCGAAAUGCAUCUUCUGCGUUGGAGUUUACUUCAGAAUCAGCACCACACAGGCAUUUGACGCGCAUAUACAGGCAUAUCGUGAGCCAAGGAUAACUGCCUCAUGUGCAUAUGUUUCGCCUGAGGAGGGUGACAAGGUGAAAGCCACCAUAAUUCGAAAGCUGGAGGUCGAGGCCACCGAGCACAGUUGGAACCCGGCUACGGUCGACAAGAGCUCAGUCAUCCUAGUCUGUCCACAGCCAGAUCGUUUCACGAACCGAGCGGAUGAGGCUAAUGCGAAGCCAGAGGACAAAGAGCUCAAAUUGGCAGGCUGGUAUGUGGCUGGAGGAAUCAAGCAUUUUCUCCAGCUUCCAGCCGGUCAACAUGUUGAGACUGGAUAUCAAGGCUUUGUUGUUCAUCAUGGUGCAGGGCAUGAGGCGAUGCUCGCGGUCUUGAAAAGCGAAAAAGAUGGUAGUGGUUUCGUCCGUUUCAUCGAGGCGCCUGAGGUGAAUGGAUAUCGAAAGGUGGAGGUGUAUCAGACGCGAGGGUGGGAUAUCAAUGCUGCUAAGCUGGCUUGA